AUGGCUAUCCCAUUCCUUGCCAAACCAGUAUUCUAUUUUGUACUGCAAUCAAGCCCUAAUGUCACAGUGCGACGAGUGCGUGAUGCAAAAGCAAAACGACAUGGACUCAUAGUGCAUCGAGAUCGUGAACUCUUUAAUAUGAAAUCAACCCAAAUCAGCAAAUUUGGGUCAAAGUUCAAUAUAAACGAGGGAGAGAAGUGCACAUUUUUUACAACCGCAUUUACGGACGACAGAUGGGCUGCUGCAUCCGAUCUGCCCACCGCAUCGCUCGUUGCAAGUACAACCUCAAAGGAAACCGAACGCGCUCAUCAGACCGACAUUAACUCGUGUGAAGAUGGUGGUAAUCAUGUGAACCAACAGGACGAUUCGUGUUCCAACGAGUCUUCCACCCCAGGUGCCAUUUUUAAGUAUGACGAUUCGACGACGCAGACUGAUCAGACAGAAAGUGAUGAUAGUGACGACGGUAAUGAAGACCCUGAGGAAGCGGUGUCUUUUCAAAAAGUGACUCGGUUGGGCGUGCGUGUGCAAGGUGACAUGCCAAAGUGGGAUAAAAUUCACAAGCGCUUUGUGUCGCCAUACUACGACACGUUCGAUGAAAAUUAUCGAGCCGUAGUUGACACUGUCAACAUGGCAUCUGUUGAAGGAGCUUUUAAGUACGUGCAGGCUGAGUGUAUUAACGCGUCCGUCGUCACUUCUUGCGAACGAAAAAACAACGUCAAGUACGUUGUUUUCUUUCAAACGACUACUGUGCAGCCUCCUGCUGCUAUGAAGUACUAUGCGAAUACCACAGAUGAAUAUAAAUUUGCCGUCGAAAGCUGUCCAUUCAUACCGAUGGAUGGUGGGCAAUGUCAUCCUAAAGAUGAUGGCUCUUUUCCUGACGAGUGUAACCAAUACAUUGGUGCAAAUGGUCAGCCAGAGUUGGGCUUUUGUGUCGGUGGUUCACUCAUGGACAGCGAACCGAUUGCCCCGUACCCGCACAACUACUGGUUUUCAUUUCCUAACAGUUGCCCUCAGAAGCUCUGGGCAAACAAAACGGAUUCCUGUCGAGAAAAAUAUAAUGGUGGUAUGUGUCCUCUCGGCAAGGAGCCGGAUGGUAAGACUUGUACGUUUUCGUACGAGAUCCUCGGCUAUAUUUUGCUCGACGAUGUCGUGGGGAUUACUUCAAUGGUUAACCCAGCCACAGGCAAAACGUACGCUGACUACUCCGACUUCUGUAAGGCUGGCGGUGUUGAGUUUAACGUCGUCAUUACCCCAGGUAAGUUGUCGUUGUUAACAGACUUUUUGCCAUCAACAGUAACUACCAUUGAGAGUAUUGAGUUCUGGGCCAACCCGGGCGAUAGUGAUGCCAAUGCUAAGCGAAUCGAAAAGCUUGUAUCUGCAUACGCCAAGCUCGUAGCAAGCAAUCCCAAAACAAGUGACGGUGGUCUCAUGCGGAAGCUGCCCACUACGAACGAGCUCAAAGCGCUAAAUCCACCGUGCCACGUCAAUAGUCCGUUCUGUGCUAAGUCCAAGUACGGAUGCAAGCGAUCGUACCUUUCACAAAUUUGUCAAUCCUCAGAACGCAAACCAUACAGCGAGAGCAUCAAAAUCGAUUUGAAAGUAUCCAAGGACUCUCAGAGAGGCGGUUCAUACCUUACUGCCAAUCCCUUUGUAGUGUUGUUUAAGCUUGAAGAUAGCGUACUUGGGGUUCAAACACUUCUUGUUUACUAUGGACAGCAUGGUAUUUUUUUGGUCAAGCUGCGUCGGCAAUUUGUACCAGAUGAUAGACCAGAUGCAAGUGCCUGUAAUACUUUUCAUGCUGUCAGCGCCUCUACUUGUGUACCUUCGCUUGAUUUCUAA